CUGGAGCGGUUUGUUAGUCGUUCUUCACGACUCGCGCCUGGCGUAUACAGGGUCAAAACCAGAACGAUGAUGCUCACAGCUCGCUCAUUCGCUAGCGCCCGCACCAGCAGGCGCACGGUCUGUCACGUUAGCGCUAGCAAGGCAAAACUCUUUGAUGUCCCCGUGAGCAACAAUGGCGCGCGGAACCGCUUCAUCAUCCGCAAGAAGGGCCUGGAGGGCCAGAUUGACAUUGUGACGCCCCAGACCAUCGGCGGCCUGAAGAGCCCCGAGUAUCUGGCUCUGAACCCGCAGGGCAAGAUGCCUCUGCUGGUGACGGAGUCGGGUUGGCCCCUGCCCGAAUCUGAGGUCAUCUCGCAGUAUCUUCUGGACAAGUACGCGAGCCACAGCCCAUCUCUGGUGGCCAACACCCCUGAGGGCCGCGCGCGGGCCAACCUAGCCACGCGCAUCCAUGAUGUUUACAUCGUGCCCAUCCAGGGCUGCAUGUACAGGACCAUGGACAGCGUUGAGACACGCGCCAAGCAGAUUGAGCAGAUUGCUUUCCAGCUGAAUGUGCUCGAGGGCAUUGUGCAGGGCCCCUUCGUUGCGGGCUCCGAGAUCACGGCGGCUGACGCGGCGCUGUUCCCCACCUUUGUGUUCUUUGACUUCAUCCUGCCCACCUACUUCGGCUGGAAGGACGUGUUCGCGGGCAAGCCCAAGCUCAAGUCCUGGUGGGAGAACAUGAAGAAGGACGCGGAGGGCGCCAAGAUCUACGAGGAGAUCCGCGGUGGGCUGCAGGGCUGGGCCAACAACAACCGCUGGAGGGACCAGGGCAUCACGGACCACGUCGCCAACAGCGCAUACAAGUGGGCGUACUGAGCGAGAGAGCGCGACAGCAGCGCCGUGGUGGAGUGUGAAAGAGGCAACCGAACGGAAGAAAGCAGUGAGUUAAGGAGUGAGGGAAAAGAGCUUGAAGUGGUGUGAGUGAGCAGCAAGUGAGGAAGAUGAGCGCGCGUGCGUCUCGUUGGGACAGCAGGGAAGAGGGAGAGUGCGAUUGCGUGGGGGAGGAGGAGAGUGUGUCUCGCUCAAGUAGAGGGGUGCUGGGUUCCGGUGGCAGCAUUUCAUGGAGGCGUUUGCACUAGCAUCCCCCAAGCAAGGCUCAGUUCAGAUUCAUGGUGGCCAGGAGUUGCAGCUAGUUGCGGGCUCGGCUGCGCGCCCAGGAGGCUUUCAUUGAGACCUGACUACAGCCUGCACGGGAGUUUUUCUUGACGCACUCGCCAAUUUUGCUCUCUCGUCGGCUAUUGGGGUCUGUUGGAUUUGCGAAGGUGGCUUGGUGUGCGAUGGGACAGUUGUAAGGCAGGUUGGUGAAGGUGGCUUGGUGGGAUAUCCUGGGGUCACUGGAUGCGCCCAUCAAUGCAUGCAUGUGUGGAGGGAUGUGAUUGCUUUGCAGUGAUUGCUCAACAAAGCUGUGCGGUGUAAGCGCUCACUUGG